AGCUUGACGGCGACAGUCUUGUUCUCAGCAUGGACCCAGAGCAGUGAGUCCCCAACCAGCGCCCAGCAGCCUGACCACGAACACGGAUCCGGACGGGACGGGACCGCCGCUGUGGGCGCCGAACAUGUAGAGAAAGGACCGAGAUGCGUCAGAGAGUCCCGGGACAUAUCCGAGCGGAGUUAGAAGACAAAAGAUCUGAGGUCUGACCCCGGGGCAACAAGAGUCCAGCGCCAUGAAACUGAAUCCCCAACAAGCUCCACUCUAUGGAGAGUGUGUGUUGACCAUUCAGCUCGAUGAUGAUGAUGUGUGUCGGACUGAGGGAGAGCACGAGGAAGAGGAAGAGGCGGAGUUUUAUCUUUUAUUCUCGGGAUCCACACAGAGACACCUGAGCAGCACACUGCGAGUCAGCCACGUCACACUGCAGGCUGUGUGUCCAGCCCAUAAUUUGUGUGAGCAGGUCUUGGUGACGUUGUGUUUGGCUCGGCCCGGUGCACCAGUGGAUACACACUCACAGGAGACCUUCUGCUUCGUACAGGAAAUGGCUCUGGACAUGGCCCACUUUCUGCUAGACAACAUACCUCCACAGGAAGCAUUCCUAUUGGAUGAUGAGCGGAUUGGGUUAAAUGAGUGUGAGCGCUUGGACCAGAGCCUGGCCCUGGCCCUGAAACACCUCAUCAUGCCCCCCCAGAAGACUGGACCCGCUUUGGACACACAGAAGACACACACACAGACAACACACACACCUGCACACAGUGGCACAGACAGGGACGACACAGCGACACAGCAGGAAACUACGUCUAUUGAUGUCUCCACAAUACUGCACAGCUGCACCGGCCGGUCUCAGUGCCAGCAGCUGUCCAGCCUGCUGCACGUGGCAGCCAGUCACGGUCUGAGGAGAGUGGCGGCGUUGGUCCUGCAGCAGCCAGGGGGCCGGGAGGCGCUGAGGACGCCCAACGCCCAGGGACAGACUGCGGCCGCCGUGGCACAGAGCAGAGGGCAGCAGCAGCUGCUGCAGCUCUUCACACAGUAUGAGACGUCCUCAAACGUCCAAGUGGAACUAAAGGAGCAGCUGCCUGUCUACCCAGAAGGCCGAGUGUUUCAGCACCACGCCGCUCUUGGCACCUACACCCUGACGUUCCCGGUCCUGGGGCAGAGAGGUGGGGGCGGUGAAGACCGCUGCAUCCAGGAGGAGCUGAAGGAGCUGAGGACACACAUUGGUCUUCACAGGGACACACAGGUAAACUCUUCUGGUGCUGCGGCUUUCAGCCCUGCCUGUAGGCUGCAGCCCUGCAAGCAGAAUGCAGGGCUGUCUCUGGUAACCAUAGAGACCUGCAGCACAACAAAAGAGGAACAGGGAAGUCCUCCGUCAUUGGAGGAGAGAGGCCAAGGGGAGGACUCUGCUGUCACUCAGACAUCCUGUAGCAGUGCAAGUCUUUUUCAGAGCCAGGAAGCUGCCAACUCUCCUGCUGGCCGUAACCGCAAAAACAAAAGAAGAAGUAGAAAUGCGACGAGACAUGCAGCGGAAUCUCCAGGGAGUAAGAGAGGCAACCGAGAGGCAGGUGGAGGGAUAGCACGCACGCCCACAAAGGCAACAAGAAGCAUACGAGAGACAGAUACUUCACCUAAAGCUUCAGUGACAGCUCAGUGUAUUCCUGCAACAGAAGAGACUCCACUACCCAGAAAGCCAGGGUCUGCGCCAGGCGCUGAUGGGAAGUGUGCUGGCAGGAAGGCAGCAGCUGGGUCUGUCGCCAUCAUCGUAGAAAAACAGGACGUUGACCUGCUAACAUGUGAGCGAGUCGCCGAGACAGAAGCAGUGACACGGACAGAUCGGGUAGACUCUGGACGUCUCCCAGCGGGACACGCUGACGUCAAGUUCGCUGUGGAAUCAGCCGCAGAGAGGACAGUAACCAUGGGUCAGGAACAAUCCCAAGAUCCCGGGGAAGGUCAGUCGGACUCAGAGGAGCUGAGCCAACCUGACACCAUGGACACCAACAGUCCUCAGUCGGGCAGGAGGGCCAGCCCCAAAUCCACAGACAAGGACAGAAAACCCCGCGGAGGCCUGUGGCGGGAUGGAGGCUGGAUUGGUAGCAGAAUGGGAUCGAUCCCACAGGGGCCAGAAACCCUAGCAAAAACAGUGUGGUAUCAGGGUGAAAACCUGGACCAGGGUGCCAAUGAAGCCUGGAAGAGGGAGGCGGUGAACUCCAAGUCAGUUUGGUAUGAUGGUGACACAACAGAUCAGAGAACACAUGGACAGCUGGAGCAGGGAGUGACAAAGCAGAAAGAAUGUGACUGGAGCUCAGCCCAAGCUUCUGGUCUUAGCUCUCAAGUGUCUGCAGCUCUUAGUCAGCCACAUGCUGCUGGAACACAGCCAGCACUGUCACAAGGGCUGGGUGCACAAAGCCGGGAAGUGCACGGAUCACAGCCAGAGGAGGAAGUAUGGCUAGAUUGUAAGGAGGGAGGAGUGGAGGGAGACCGAGAGGAGGUCACUAACAGAGAGACCAGUUACAGCAGACAGAGUUCGGAAAGAGCGGACAUCGAAGAGGGAGAAGAGAAGCAAGGGAGCCAAGAGAAAGGAGCAAAGGGCAGAAAAAAAAGACGGAAUAAGAGGGGGAAGAGAGGAGGCACGGAGGGCAAGCUUAGCUCCAGCUCAAGCAUUGAGUCUCAGAGUCACAUAGUGAUAAAGACAGACCUAAAGACUCAGUCGGAGACCGAGUCCGAAGCCAGGGACACAACAGGAAGGGCAGACAGCAAGUCUCCAACCCAGAGAGAGGAAACUGACAAGGACGCCAUGCUUCUACCCAGCCGGACAGAGGGCCAGACAAGGGACACUCAUGGACCGGACUGUCCUAGUAAUACCACUCCAGACUUAAGUCCGACAGACCUGACUGAAAGUACAGCGUUGCAGACACCAGAAACAAAGGAAUUAUCAGAGGACAGCAUGCACUUUCAUGGACCUGAUCACUUUAACCUGGAUUCUAGCGCCCCUGCUUCAGAACUUUGUCAGAUGGACAUCCGAAAGGCAGACACAGAGGACAUUACAGAGGACAUAACUGUGCAGCCAGUAAAAAAGGAAGUACUUUACCCUACAGAGCUGGAAUUAAAGGGGCUUGUCAGUCCGGUCCAACAAACAGUGGAUAAUGUGGAGUCAAAUCCAUUGUCCGAAAACGAGGAUUUGACGGUUGAUGGUAAAACGCCUGAGGAUCAGACAGUUUUGGUGGACUCUAAUAACUGCCCAAAAGAACUUCCUGUCAAACUUUCAGAUCCUACAAAGUUCACAGAGAACUCAUUUCUUGUGGAUCUUCCUGAACAGGAUGCACUUGUACAGUGUGUGGAGUCAAACGAGACAGAGCAACCUGUUGCUCCCAAGGGAAGACAUGUAGGGUUUAUGGGACCUGCGCGUCCCACAGAAGCUGGGGCUCUGCCAUUAGACGGUACAGCGGAUGUUUUACCACUUCAAAUACGGGAAGGAAGCGCUGAGACAAGCGUGAGGGGAUAUUCGGAGCAUUGUUUGGUCUCUGAGAUGCUGAGAGAUCAGGAGCACGCAGACAAAAAGAGAAAUGAGUUGUGGGUGGUUGAAGAGGAAGCAGCUAAAAAAAGACGGAAGAGUGAAGAAAAUGGCAGUGGGAUGCAUUACAGGGAGUUGUCUUCCAUAGACAGAGAACAAGAGCAGGACUACAAUAGAGACCUAGUUGCCACAGCGGUAGCAGUUGUCGCGGUAGCAGUAGCAUCAGCCGCGGAUAGCCUAGAGCGGAUGGACAAGUGUCCUCUGGUACAAUGUGAGACAGAAAAGCAAUCUGUAGGGUAUUCACAACCUACUGAUCAGUUCCCCUCUCAACAAGCAGCUAAUGUUGAGAUCAGGCCAGCCAACCUGGACCUGGUUGCACCUGCAGACGCUCCUAGCUCACCACAACUCCACAAAGGGGAAAUCCAGACAGAAAGUACACGAAACAAAGCCUUUACAGAAGAAGAAGAAGACAGCCUACUCCGAGUUAAUAGGACACUUUUGCCAAAAGCAAACCAAAGAAAUACAAGCGAGGUAGACAGCCCGGGCAACAUGCAGGUGGACAUCCAGCUGCAAUAUCCAGAGGCUUCUGAGGAAAAUCCCACACCUGGUGAGAAUAAAUGCCCGCAGGAUCAGUCUGUCUGUCAGGAAGAAACGGGGAAACAGCACAGACAUGAUGUGGGGGACGUAGGAGGACUGCCGCAUGAGCAGGACAGUCCACCCAGCUCUGAGAGUCAGCUGGACUGUCCACACAGCUCCGAGAGACAGCAGGACAGUCCACACACCUGCAAGAGUCGGCAGGACAGUCCACACAGCUCUGAGAGUCAGCAGGACAGUCCACACAGCUCCGAGAGUCAGCAGGACAGUCCACACAGUUCCGAGACUCAUCAGCAGGACAGUCCACACAGCUCCAAGAGUCAGCAGGACAGUCCACACACCUCUGAGAGUCAGCAGGACAGUCCACACAGCUCUGAGAGUCAGCAGGACAGUCCACACAGCUCAGAGAGUCAGCAGGACAGUCCACACAGCUCAGAGAGUCAGCAGCAGGACAGUCCACACAGCUCUGAGUGUCCACACAGCUCUGAGUGUCAGCAGCAGGACAGUCCACACAGCUCAGAGUGUCAGCAGGACAGUCCACACAGCUCUGAGAUUCAGCAGCGUGUGUCAGACUGUCAGGAAAAAGAGCAGGACAGAGACCCACAGCUGGAGAUUCACCUUAAAACAUCCUGUGAAGGGGACUUUCCCACUUUGUCCCUUCCUAGUUGCUCAACACUUCCUGUUUCCCUGUGUGACUCGACUGUUGCGGCCCAUCCCAGUCCAGAGGAACGGCCUGCCCCUGUGAAUGUGGAAACAGGAGAAUACAAGUCAUCCCAGGCUUUAGCAAACAGGAGUCUUGUCCCUGCUGGCUGUAGCACAGGUCCAGAGUCUGUUGUUAUGGAUACUGAAGAUGCUCUGGAUACAGUGGAUGGAUGGAAGGACAGAGAACGGAAUAAGAUAAAAGGUGAAGAGAAGGUCACAGUGGACGUCACAUCCCAGACAGCAGAAGAAGAAGAAGCAGCAGAGCAUCAGCUGACCAGGAGACUCAAAGACAGAACACACCCUCUGCAUAUCCAGAGGGAGAAGGAGGAUUUCGGCCCUAAAGCCAACACAGUACCAACAUGUUCCGACAUCCAUCCAGACUCAGAAGAGUGUGUUUCGGUGUGUGUGUUGCACAAAGGAGACGGUGUGCAACUGGAUGACGGUGUCUUUAAAAAGCCUAAAGCUCCCCCCCCCUGUGCUGGACACAGGGACAGAGGGGUGGCUGUCUCCCUCAGUCCCAGUGAGGGCGCUCUGUCACUGGGCACACUUGAUGCUGUGGCCCCUCGGAGCUCCAGACCGCCCUGGAAGUCCCAAACAGAGGACAGAGGAGGAGGAGAAGAUGUGGACGAGAACAAAGACCAGCUUUCAGAAAGCCCUGGCUCCUCUUCAGUCUCGCGAGCCUCCAUUCGCUCCUUGUCUCCGUUCCGUCGCCACAGCUGGGAGCCGCGCAGGAACAGCAGCGCUGCAGAUGGUGACAUCACACAGCGCAGCUCGAUGAAGAGUCUCUCAGGAGAGAUGAGGAGAGCCAAGCCCCCCCUCCACAGAAGAAGUAUGAGUUGGUGCCCAUCCACCCUGUGUCGUCCUGACCAGGAGCAGACAGACAACAGAAGCUACAGCCUGGAGGCUCUGCGGGGGGAGAGGGGGGGAGCCCACCCUGCUGACCACCAGGACAGGACCGCAGGGCUGGACGGCCAGCACAGCGGCUCCUUGGUGUCCCUCACCGAGGAGGAGCAGGAUGGAGACAGCCAGACAUCGCAUCAGGGACUGUCAGUGACAAACCGCUAUCCUGCUUUGUUCCAUCACCAAACCCUCACCAAAUCCAUCUCCAUGGUUGCCAUCAGUCACCGAGACAUAGAUGUGGCCAGCUCAUUCUCCAGUAACUCGGGCUCCCUGGAAUACAGUAUUUCAGAGGAGGAGCCGGGCCCUCUGCGGAGCAACACUGAGGGGAAAGGAGGACCUAAAAUCAGUCGGACGUUCAGCUACCUCCGCAACAAGAUGAGCAAGAAAGGCAAGGAGAAGGAGAAGGAAAGGAAAGGAGAGAGGGCACGAGAAAGUAAAGAGAGAGAAAAGAAGAGUGCCAACGGUCAUCUCUUCAUCCUGGUCAGUCCACCUCUUUCCACAGCGGGCUGUCAGCACUGCAGCAAAGCUCUGCCCUGCAAGGAAAGCUUCCUCUGCAGCAACUGUGGAGCCAAUGUCCAUAAGAGCUGCAGAGAGAGUCUGGCUGUCUGCACAAAGAGCAAAGCAAAGCAGGUGACGCCGGUGCCUGAAGCUGUUCCUGGGUCAGCUGUGAACAUGAGGAGUAAAUCUACAUCUUCAGCAUCUUCUGUGUCCUCCACAUCGUCCUCGUCCUCCCGGGAACGCUGGACCACAAUAACCAGCCCCGACGACCAGUUCCCUGUCCUGUUUCCACGGAGACACCCCAGCAUAUUCAACACACACAGCAACCUGGCCAAGAGCAUCUCCACCAGCAACAUAGCAGGGUUAGAUGAUGUUCCACUCAAAGGCCUGAAGUUUCUGUCCCAGUCCACCGACUCCCUCCAUCAGGGGAGCAAAGUGAACGCCUCCACCGAGUCACUCACUGAUGAAGGCACUGAGAUGAUGGACAGUCAGCUGAUGGGAGAGUUUGAGUGGGACGUUAAAGAUCUGGAAGCUGAUUCCUGGAGCGGCACGAUAGAUAAGAAGUUCUUGAAAACAUUGAAAAAAGAUGAGAUCAAGAAACAAGACGUCAUCUAUGAGCUGUACCAGACAGAGUUCCACCAUGUUAGGACUCUGAAGAUCAUGUCUGACGUGUACUAUAAAGGCCUUCAGAAGGAGCUGCAGCUGGACUCUUGCACUCUGGACAAGAUUUUCCCAGUUAUGGACGACCUGUUGGACACGCACACACAUUUCCUCACGUUGCUCCUGGAGAGGAAGAGAGCGUCCUCCACUGAAGGGCCGAAGGACAGCAGCUUCCUGAUCUGCAGCAUCGGGGACGUCCUGCUCAGCCAGUUUUCAGGUUGCAGUGCUGAUCGGAUGAAGAAGGUUUACGGGAAGUUCUGCAGUCGCCACAACGAAGCUGUCAAUCUGUACAAAGACCUGCACGCCAAAGAUAAACGCUUUCAGGCUUUCAUCAAGAGAACGAUGAGCAGCAGCAUUGUGCGCAGGCUCAGUAUUCCCGAGUGUAUUCUGUUGGUCACUCAGAGGAUCACCAAAUAUCCCGUUCUCAUCCAGAGGAUCCUCCAGCACACUAAAGAGUCGGAUCCAGACCACGGCUGUGUGUGUGACGCUCUGCGCUGCGUGAAGCAGCUGAUCACGGCCGUGGACAGUAAAGUCAACGAGCAGGAGAAGAAGCAGAGGCUGAGAGAGGUUUACAGUCGGACUGACAGUAAGUCCAUCAUGAGGAUGAAGAGUGGGCAGAUGUUUGCUAAAGAGGACCUGAUAAGAGGGAGGAAGAUGCUGCAUGAUGGAGCGCUGCAGUUAAAAAACUCUGCUGGACGGCUCAAAGAUGUCCAGGCCAUGCUUCUGUCUGAUGUGUUGGUCUUUCUACAAGAAAAAGACCAGAAAUAUGUCUUUGCCUCAUUGGACCAGCGCUCGACGGUCAUCUCUUUACAGAAUCUGAUAGUCAGAGAAGUGGCUAAUGAGGAGCGAGGGCUCUUCCUCAUCACGGCUGGUACAGACAGUCCCGAGAUGGUGCAGGUGUUGGCCAGCAGCAAGGAGGAACGCAACACGUGGAGGGCCAUCAUACAGGACGCCAUGCACUGCAUGGAGAAGGACGAGGACGAGGGCGUUCCCAGUGAGACGGAAGAAGACAGGAGGCAGCAGGAGAACAGAGCCAAGGAGAUCCGUGAACUGCUGCGGAGGAAAGACGAGCAGAUCCUGUCUUUACUGGAGGAGAAGGUCCACAUCUUCCGAGAACUCAGCGACUGGAGCCCCACCGCUGAUGAUCCCAAUCCACCAGUCAGGGAGCGCAUGUUGUUCAUGGCCACACCUGAUGAUGUCACGAAGGGGGAGCCAAUCAUAAAGGAUGCACUGAGAGAAGUGGAGAACCUGCAGGGCUACGUCAGCAGCAGUGUUGGUGUUCCAGCCGGCCUGGAAGGGGGGGGCAGUGUGGGGCCCGUCUGUCUGCCCAGGAGAGCCGAGACAUUCGGAGGCUUCGACAGCCAUCAGAUGAACAGCAGCAAGAACGGAGAGAAGGAAGAGGGCGAUGAAUCGCUGGACCUCCGCAGGACGGAGUCAGACAGUGUAUUAAAGAAGGGAGCCACUGCCAGCCUACAGAUGUUGCUGAAGAGAAAUACGGAGCAGGUGCUGCACAGUGUGACACAUCUUCACGAGCUGCUGAUUGGCCUGCAGGCCGUGGUGCUCCAGCAGGACUCGUUCAUUGAGGACCAGCGGCAGACCCUCAGCGACCGGCUCGCCGCCACGUCCAGACACUCGUCCUCUUCCUCGCUGUCGUCCUCGUCCUCGUCCCGCCCCUCCUCGCUCAUCGAGCAGGAGAAACACCGAAGUCUAGAGAGACAGCGCCAGGAGGCGGCCACUCUGCAGAAACAGCAGGCUGCUCAUCAGGAGGAGAAGAGGAGGAGGGAGAAGGUGUGGGAGUUGAAGGAGAGGAGUCUGGCCGAGCGGGAGGAGAGGCUGAGGCUGGAGGAGGAGCAGACCAAGGAGAGGCGUCGCCAUCUGUCCGACGAGGGAGAGCUGCUGCACAGGAAGAAAGAGGAGUACCAGACAGAGCUGGGGAGGCUGAAGGAGGCCCAGAUGAAGCUUGAGAGGGAGCAGGAGGCUCUGAGAAGAGAAACCCAGAGACUGGAGGCCAUGAACACAGACCAGUCGGAGCAGCUUCAGAGGUACCAGCGCACGCCCUCCACCACCUCUGAAGAGUCCUUAAGGUUCCACAGCUCCGGCUCUCUGGAUCUAGAUUCCAAAGAAGCAGCAGAACAGCCAAAAGUGGUGGAGGUCUCGUCCUCGGCCCCGAGCAGAGAACCUUUCCUCCGCAUCGGAUCCAAGAGGAUGGGCAAAAGCUUUAACCCCUUCUCCUCUAACUCGUCCUCCAAGCCCCAGGGAGCAGAGAAGGAGUCCCAGCUCCCCAGCAAACUGCUCCAGCUGGCUAAAACCAAGGAGAAGAAAGACAAGAGGAAGAAGAAGGGCAAAGGAGAGCAGACACCGACAGAAAGCAAAGUUGCAGUGAUGUCGGAUCCCCACAACGAUGGAGACAUCUUCUUCUGCUGAGGACGUGGACGAUGCACACGUGCACUUUCCCGAGGAAGCAGGCAACUGGCCGAGCAGCAAACAGGACCCUCUAACACUCUAUUCGGAUAUGAAAUGCCCACGUGUCUCUGCUGACUGUUCGGCUUCUGGACACUGUCUUUGCCUUCCUGCCAGACAGAAUGGGCCGGGGUCCUCGUCCCAGAGACACCAGGUGAAGGGUCAGGAGAAGACUUUCCCUACAAGCUUCCAUCUGGUACACAUGAAGCAGACUCAGAUGAGCUGUGUGUCAGAUCGCGUGUCAAGUCACAUCUCCUCGAGACUUUACACUGUAGCUUUAACACAAACCAAUAACGAGUGCCUUUUCCUUCUAGUUGUGCUGACGCUAACUUUGAGUGCUUGUGGUGCUGGUGACUCCUCACUUUCAGUUUCAACGCGAGGAGAUUUUUAAUUUAACGUGUGAUGUUUGCUUUAACUUGUUUUUUUUUAUCAGUCAAGCUGUCAAACAAGACGUAACAAGACAUGAGGGCGUAACAGACGGCACACCACAUGGUGUGUGUAACAGUUAGUAACCACCCCGUCUCAGCGUCCACACUGUGUGCUGAGGUCAGUGUGGCAACAGAGCUCCAGACACAACCAAUCAGUCCCCAGAGACGUGUCUGAAUCUGUAGAGUGGUCAGGGCACGAGUCUCUGAGACAGCCUCUGCUGAAUGGGACAAAGGUGGUCAUAGCUGAUGUUUUUAUCUCGAGAAAGUCGUUAUUUUUUG